AUGGCUGACAAUUCUGCUGUAGCGCUGCAGCGGAAUUUGGCAAAACUUCUGCGACGACCCCUGUAGAGCUGCAAUUUGGCGCGUGAUUUUCUUGUCGUUGCUCCAUUCGUGCUCAUUUUCCUGGUCGAAGAUGACGACUUACGAUCGCGAAGACUUUUAUGACAGUGAUGCUACGCAGUUCAGUGAAUCCGAUGAUGAUAACUUUGAAGGGAAUUUUGGAGUUGAUCCAAUCGAUGACCUUGAUCAAUGGAUUCCCCCUCUUUUCUAUCUAGCCAAAGGUUCUCUACAGAGCAUUCAGAAUAACAAAAGCAGCCUGGAAAAUUUUUGUUUAGCAUGUUGGGAAAAAGGAAUGCAUCCCCAUCCGUUUUUUAACGGUGGUCUUUGCCAUCCAUGCAAAGAAAGAUUGCUACAUACAAUGUUUUCAAAAAGUGCAGAUGGUUUUCACCUCUAUUGCACUGUUUGUGGAUCAAGAUCAAAUGCCUGUGUGAAUUGCACGAGCAGCAAUUGCAUAAAAAAGUACUGUGUGAAUUGCCUGAAUAUCUGGACGGAUUACAGUGACAAGCUAGUAAAUAAUAAAUCCAAUGACUGGAUUUGUUUCCUUUGCCUCCCAGAACCCAAUCUUUUACUGCAAGCUAAUCAUGAUUGGGCUCAAAAGGUUUUGUUCUUUCAUGAACCGCUAUCGGUGUAUGGUCCGAGAGCUCUGUACUGGAAGAAGCAACCCUUGCGUGUUUUGUCUCUCUUUGACGGAAUUGGGACUGGUUUGGUGGCAUUACGCAAACUGGGUAUUCAAGUAGAAGUUUACUACGCCUCUGAGGUUUUGACUGCUGCGGCCACUGUCUCCAGGACCAGACUAGGAGGAGUGCUCCAGCACAUCGGCAGCGUGGGGGAAGUAACGGAGAGGCGGCUAGAAGAGAUAGCACCUAUUCACCUGCUCAUCGGGGGCUCCCCUUGCAAUGAUUUUAGCGCCAUUAACCGAUUCCCCAAAGAUUUUUACGACCCAAGAGGUUAUUCGAGAUAUUUCUUCGAUUUCGUCCGAGUUCUGAAUCUCAUGCGGAAGAUCAAUGGGCAAUAUCAGCAUCUACUGUGGCUCUUUGAAAAUGUAGCGUCCAUGCCUCAACAUUAUCGCGACACAAUAUCCAGGCAUUUGGAUUGCCAGCCAGCCGUAAUUGAUGCCAAGAACUUCAGCCCUCAACUACGCAGACGCCUCUUUUGGGGUAACAUUCCCGGGCUUUUUACCGUUCACGCCGAGCAAAUGACGAUGGAUGGGGAACCGUUGACCCUCGACAAAUCUCUGAUGCCUAACUCUGGUCGUAGUGCUGCCCAGGCCAAGAUCCGAACUCUGACGACCAACACCAAUUCACUGCUGCAAGGCAGGACAGAGAACUGCAAGAGCCGAAAGGAUUUGGCCUCGCUCUUUCCGGUUCGUUUCUCUUUCCAACAAGAUGAACUGCGAAACGCCGAUGUCGAAAGCGAUGUUGCUAGACAUUCGAAGAAAGGAAAAAGGGACUCCACAAGCGGCAUAAAUGCAACCGAUAAACCUCCGCGUACGGUGGCCGAUGAAGAUGACAACCAGCAGACGGACGUAUUGUGGCUCCAGGAAAUUGAACAUGUUUUUGGUCUGCCUCGCCAUUUUACCGAUGUGGGAAACAUGUCCCGCACUGAUCGUCAGAAGCUUUUGGGUCACGCCUGGUCGGUUCCAGUCAUCGUUUCUAUUUUCUCCAAUCUCAAGAGUUACACGGUUUGAAACUCUCCGACAAGGUCGUGUAUCUUUAGCUUUCAAACUUGUUGAUCACAAGUUUUCAUUUAAUGUUGAUUUUAACAGAUAAGGUAAUCCAGAUGUUCUCUUUUUUUUUUAAUUUUUUUUCAAAUCUAACCCAGAAAUGAAA